AACAGACCUGCAAUCAAACAGCAGAAGGAUCUGGUAAAAAUCACUCAUUAAUAUUGGACCUUUUUUUCUGGGACAGUAUCAAAAGGAGUUUUCAAGUCUUUCCCCCCCAGAAUUAUGAUCUGAUUUUACCGUUUUGAAUCUGCAAAUUUUCUCAGCUGCUUCACCAAACAAAAAACAAAAAAGUACAAAUGCACAUUUGAUAUUAAUUUGACUCGCAAUGGAGGUAUCAAACGGGUCGAGCUUUGGGAUCGAGUCUAUUCUUUCUCACAGACCUAGCAGUCCGUGUAUGUCCAAGGGGGACUGCGGUGGGUCUCCAGCGGAGUUGAGCCCGCGGUCGGACCUGGACAGCGGCUGCUCGUCGCCCCCCUCCCCGAGACGGACCUCAGUAGAAGCCGCAGUGCAAAGACACGCUCGCGCUCUCGGACUGGACUCUCCGUUACAAAUAUCCCAGCAGCCGAGAACAGUCACGUCCUCGUUCUUGAUCCGAGACAUACUAGCGGACUGCAAACCUCUGGCAGCCUGUGCUCCCUAUUCCAGCACUGGACAGUUAACACAAGAUGCUGAAGACUGUAUGGACAAACUUCACAGCAAUUCGUCCUCGGACAGUGAAUACAGGGUGAAAGACGAGGCUGAUCGCGAAAUCUCCAGCAGUAGAGACAGCCCCAGCUCCAGGCUGAAGAAGCCUCGUAAAGCCCGCACUGCGUUCACUGAUCACCAGCUGGCGCAGCUCGAGCGCAGCUUCGAGCGUCAGAAGUAUCUGAGCGUGCAGGACAGGAUGGAGCUGGCAGCAUCUCUCAGCCUCACCGACACACAGGUCAAAACAUGGUACCAGAACCGCAGAACGAAGUGGAAACGGCAGACCGCAGUUGGGCUGGAGCUGCUCGCGGAAGCAGGGAAUUAUUCAGCUCUACAGAGAAUGUUCCCAUCACCAUACUUCUACCCACAAAGUUUGGUCUCUAACCUCGACCCGGGACCAGGGUUGUACCUCUACAGAGGGCCUUCCGUGCCUCCACCACCGGUUCAGCGGCCUCUGGUCCCGAGGAUCCUCCUGCACGGUCUUCAGGGCGCCGGAGAUCCAGCGUCUCUCUCUGGAGUGAUACCGAGACACACGUCGCGAUGAACUGAUCCAACCUGACAGCAGCUCCAACCUCAGGAACGACAAACAGGGUUGCGCUUGGACAAUACCCGUGUACUGAAAAUAGUAACGCGCAAUAAUAGACUUUCCAAAUGACUCUGACCAAAAGGCGAAUGCUAACUAUUUAUUAAACUUUAACCUGCGAAAGAAGUUAUCAGAAAAUUAUUUGUUGAGGUUCCAUCCCCCCAUGAACCUCGACCGUGACUGUUUUCUGAUGAACUUGCUUUUCCCCUAAGAAAUGGGGUGGUUUAUUUGCACAAAAUUAUGACGCAAACUAACCAAAAUAAGCAUCAUAAAAUAAUGUUAGUCCAUUUCAGUGGAACCAUAGGCAAUACUGAAAAACUGUGGAUUUUUUUUAUCACUCUGUCUAAUGUUAAAAAUGCAUUUUACGAACAAAAAUAAUAAAACUAAAAUGACGGAUUAAAAAAUGUUGUAGGCCUAUAACUGAAAUUUGUCAUUUGUCACCGCUAUUGUGAUGGUGGUUGGAUUGCUGUGCGGCUAUUUUACAAAAAAAAAAAAAAAAAAAAAAAAAUCAAGUUUCCUCAAUGAAAUUCACAGAUCAACGUAAAACAUGGCUCUGCAACCUGCUUAGAGAUUUGAAUUGUUUUUGUGGAAAUAGUGUUGUGGUUAUGGGUACUUUUCAACCCCAGUUCAACAGACGCCAAAAUACUUUUCUAAAUAAAAGAGUGUGAUUUUGUCAC